AUGGUGAACCUAAGGAACAGCAGCACAGUGACAGAGUUUAUCCUUGUGGGUUUUGAGGACAGCUCGCCUUCCACUCGGGCAUUACUCUUUGUCCUCUUCCUGGCCCUCUACAGCCUUGCUAUGGCCAUGAAUGGCCUCAUCAUCUUCAUCACCUGGACAGACCCCAGGCUCAGCAGCCCCAUGUACUUCUUCCUUGGCCACCUGUCUCUCCUGGAUGUCUCCUUCAUCACCACCAUCAUCCCGCAGAUGCUGAUCCACCUGGUGGUCAAGAACCACACUGUCUCCUUUGUCUCUUGCAUGACCCAGAUGUACUUGGUCUUCUGCGUGGGUGUAGCUGAGUGCAUCCUCCUGGCUUUUAUGGCCUAUGACCGUUAUGUUGCUAUCUGCCACCCACUUAGCUAUGCCCAGAUCAUGAGCCAGCAGGUCUGUGUCAGGCUAGUGGGUACUGCCUGGUUCUUUGGGUUCAUCAAUGGCAUCUUUCUUGAGUACAUGUCUUUCCGGAAUCCUUUCUGCAAAGACAACCACAUUGAGAACUUUUUCUGUGAGGCCCCCAUAGUGAUUGCCCUCUCUUGUGGGGACUCUCAGUUUAGUCUGAGGAUGAUCUUUGCUGAUGCCAUCAUGGUGCUGCUCAGCCUCAUGCUACUCAUUGUCACUUCCUACAUUGGCAUCCUGGCCUCUGUCCUCAGCAGAGCCUCCUCCACAGGUCGGGGGAAAACCUUCUCUACCUGUGCCUCCCACUUGACUGUGGUCAUCUUUUUAUACACCUCAGCUAUGUUCUCUUACAUGAAUCCCCGCAGCACACAUGGGCCUGACAAAGACAAGCCUUUCUCCCUCCUCUACACCAUCAUCAGCCCCAUGUGUAGCCCCAUCAUCUACAGUUUCCGUAACAAGGAAAUGAAGGGGGCCAUGGCAAGGGCCCUUGGGAGAAGUAGCCUGACCAGGGCAGAGUCCGUCUAG